UCCUUAAGAGUAUUGGUUUUAUUCGAUUUGAAGGGGAUUGUAAUUUUAUUAUGUUUGUAAUUUGUCGUGCUAUAUGUAUCUUGUGCAGUUUAACUUCAUUACCGUCUUGAUUGGGUGGUUUGGUCUCUCUAACACAACUUCAUGUUGCAAACAACAAGCUGACUAAUUUUCCACGUCUGGAAAUCUUGAAAGUAAAUAACAACAGGUAAUACUCACGUUUAUAACCAUUUUCACUUUGUGAAUUUUACCGUAGUUAAAGUAAUUGCUCUCUCUAAAUUAUUCAUGUUAUUGCCUUGGUGGCAGGAUAAGCUCAGUUCUUGGUGCAGGUUGAUUUCAAAUCUCUUGGUAGACUUGCCUGACACAGUUGGGAGUUUACGGAAUCUUGAGGCUCUGCAUCUGAGUAAUAAUGGCCUCAAAUCCCUUCCUUCGAUGCUAUUCAAACUGUGCACCCAGCUCUCGACUCUUUAUCUUCAUAAUACAGAAAUCACCAUUGAUAUUCUCAAUCAGGUAUUGACUUUUGAUUCUUUUUUUUUCUUAUCUAAAACUUGUGCAAGAGGUGAUAGUCUUAUGUAUCCAAGUAUUAUGUCACACAAGCAGUUUGAAGGGUGGGAAAGUUUUGAUGAGUGUCAUAGAUUAAAGCAUCAGAAGCAACUGGAUUUUAUAGUUGGAAGUUAUGGUGUGUUUGAUGAAUGUGCUGAUAAAGAUUAAUAAGGUACUCAAUCUCUCAAGUCGCAUAUUGCCGCUGUUAAACCGUUGUUAACAGUGUUUUGUGUCUGCAGGUGAAGUACUGCGUAGCUGCUUUUUUCUUGGUAGAGAAAUCCUGUAAGAGCAAUGGCCAUUGGAUUGAAGAUACAUAGCUGUUGUCGCGUUGGAUUCCAUCAGCUUUGUCUAUCCUGCUUCAGAUG